AUGAACGUUAAUCUAGCGAGUAAAAAUAUUUUUCGAAAUUAUUGUAAAUAUACCAAAUUAUUAAAGACUGUGUUAUUAAAAAAUAGUUUAGAACAUAAAUUAGGUUCUACAGUAUGCCAGUGUUCAACAUUUGUAAACAUAACCUCAAAUCCGUUGUUUUUGAUUGAUGAUAAAAAUGAAAAAGCUAUUUACUUUCUACAAAGGAGAUGGUUUUCUGAAGAAAAAUGUGGGCCACCUUCAAACAAACUACCUCAACUAAUGCCUGAUUUUCCAAAAAUCGUGUGGCCUUCUUUACUUAAAUCAAUAAGAAAUUUUAUUCUCGCAACUUUCAUUAUCAAACCUUAUUUAGAUCGAGAAUUUAAUCUUCCCGAUUUCGUAACAGGAUCGAAGAAAGCAGUGGAGGUAGUUUCACAAAAAUUGGCAGAAGGAGACCUAAAAGCAUUGGAAGGUUUGGUAACACUAGAUAUUAUUCCCACCUUACAGAAGACAGUCUCUUUAAUGUCAUUAAGUCAACGAGAACAAUUAGCAAUCAGCAGGGAGGAUAUAUACUUUUCGUUUCCAUAUCAAGUAGGAAUAAUAUUUAAUGAGGAAGAAGGCAAGGAACAGAAACGUUUUGUCGAAAUCACAAUGGUCUAUCACUCCCUCAAAGGUUUGGCAAGUAUGCGAUCUCAGGGAGAAGAGCCCCCACUGAACGUAGGUAUGCUGCCCGAGUACCAGCAGAAGAUCUCCAUUUGCAAUUACAGAUUCAUCCGUGAAUUCACAAAAGGGGUGGAUGGCGAUUGGACCGUCAAUUUGUUGAAUCAUUUCAAACCUAUCGAGGACGAGGUUGAAAACUGAGAAAGCAACGUUUGUUGAUAUUUGUAUGACGAAUAUUUUAGAUUGUAAUAAAUAUACAGUGUUGCAAGUCAAUAAAAUGUACUUUUGUAAGUUUUUCGCAAAGGA